GUUUAUUCCGAUUUAUAGGGGACCAAGUCAUACGUACAAGAUACAAAGGCUGACAGAAUCCACUUGUUACUCGUUCAGAAUACAGGCAGUCAAUGAUGCUGGGGAGGGACCUUUCUCCGAAAUAUGUACCUUCUGCACAACUAAGUCAGUCCCACCUGCAAUCAAAGCCCCUCGAGUGACACAGUUGGGAGGAAACGCCUGUGAAAUUACCUGGGAAGUGGUCCCACCCAUGAAGGGAGAUCCUGUUGGUUAUGUUCUGCAGGUACUGGUUGGAAGAGAAUCUGAAUACAAGCAGGUCUACAAGGGAGAAGAGACCACCUUCCACAUCUCAGGCCUUCAAGUCAACACAGACUAUCGGUUUCGCGUCUGCGUUUGCCGCCGGUGCUUGGAUACCUCACAGGAACUUAGUGGACCUUUCAGCCCAUCCGUUGCCUUUAUGCUUCAGCGAAAUGAGAUCAUGCUUGCAGGAGAAAUGGGAAGCAUAGAUGAUCCUAAGAUAAAGAGCAUGAUUCCUACUGAUGAACAGUUUGCAGCCCUCAUUGUUCUUGGCUUUGCAAGUUUGUCAAUUAUCUUCGCCUGUAUAUUACAAUACUUCUUUAUGAAGUAGAGAAACCAAUGGAAGUUUGAGAUACAAAUUUAACUAAUGCUACGCAUUAUAAUCCACACAUUUAUUCAGAUAUUCCUUUUUUUGAAAUCCUUUUGUUCUACCAUACAUUUUAUAUGCUUCUUUUGUUUUUACAGUUCUAGCUUGAAGAAAGAUAAAUCAGUGUUUUGAUGCACCUUUUUGAAAUUCAAAACUAGGAAGUGGUCAAACUGGAGAAACAAGCAAACCAGAUACCAAAAGCAAGAUUAUUUUUUUUCCUGCACAAUUUCAAAAUUGUCACCAAUUUGCCUUUUCAACAUUGUUUUUUCUUUUUUUUUUUCCACUGACGUUCGUACAGUCUCUUAUUUUAUCUUACUAUUUAGGAAAUUUUAAUAAUGAAUCACUUUUUGUCUCUUUUUUUUUCCUUCUGAACAUUAGUCACAAGUGUUUAUAGUGGUAAGACUAGAAUACAGUGUUAGUCAACAGUACCAGGUUUUCCUUGAACAGUAUUAGCAAUGUUGCCUAUGAAUUAUUCACUACAUUUGCCCCA